UUCUAAUAUUACAUGUCAAUUGUUAUAAGUAUACAUAAUUUUGCAUUGUUUUGCCCACAGUAUAAUUGAAAAAGUACAUCAACUUGUCAAAUAAUAUUAGAGGAAUUAAUUAUAAAAAUGGUUUCUGGAGUUACAAAUGAACAUGGUAUACAAGCAGAUGUAAUAUUUGUCAUUGAAGGAACAGCUGUUAAUGGAGCUUAUUUAAAUGACCUUAAAACAAAUUAUCUUAUUCCAACAUUGGAAUAUUUUAGUCAAGGUAACAUUGAAGAUCUUGAAUAUGCAGCAGAAAGUAGUACAACACUUUAUGGUGUUGUUAUUUAUCAUGCAUCAGAUUGUUUACCAGCACCAUGUACAUCAACACUUGGUCCAUUUUCAAAUCCUCACAAGCUAUUAUUAACUUUGGAUCAUCUUGAAAUGGUUGGUGGUAAAGGUGAAUCACAUGCAAAUAUUGCUGAGGGUCUUGCAACAGCAUUAUUAUGUUUUGAAGAUCUUCAAAUACGUCGUGAUCCAUCAACAGCAACACAAAAACAUUGUAUACUUGUUUGUAAUUCACCACCAUAUCAAACUGUUGUACAAGAAACAUAUAAAUUUGCUGGACAUUCUAUAGAAAGUCUUGCAGCAUUAUUUCAAGAUAAUCAUAUUAGUUUAUCAAUUUUAUCACCACGUAAAAUACCAGCAUUAUUUAAAUUAUUUGAUAAAGCUGGUGGUGAUUUACAAACAUCACAAACUAAAAAUUAUGCUAAAGAUCCAAGACAUUUAGUAUUAUUAAGAAAUUAUAAUUUAAAAGAACGUCCAGUUAGUCCAACAAUUGGUGGUACUGUACAUCAAACAAAUACAAAUACACAACAAAUACCAUUGAGUCCAUUACAAAGUCAUGAUAGUCCAAAUACAAAUACAGUUGUACAAAAUAUACAACAAUCACAGCAACAACAACAACAACAACAACAGCAACAACAAAAUCCAAACUUCCGUAAUCAAACACCAGCAAAUAUAAAUCCAUUACAAUCAGUACCAACACCAAUGAAUGUUGGACAAUUAAAUCCAGGUAGACCACCAUUUAAUCCACAAUUAACAGCACCACCAAAUUAUCAUCCACGUGGUACACCAGCUAGAUGGAGAACUCCAUUUAUAGCACCUGGUACAAAUGUACAAAAUAAUAAUCAAGGAAGUGCACUUAUUGCUCAAUUAACACAGCCACCAUCAUCACAUGGUUUAAAUGUUAAUAUACCAUUUAAUCAAGGUGGUCCUGUUAUGGGUGGUAAUCCACAACAGCAGCAACAAGUACAACAAAACCAACAGCAAGUACAACAACAACAGCAACAAGGACAACAAUCACAAUUAUCAAUGCAAUUACAACAACAACAGCAGCAGCAACAACAGCAGCAACAACAACAAGUACGUCAAGCUCAGCAAGUACAGGCAAUGCAAGCACAACAACAAGCUCAAAAUCAAGUUGUAAAUCAAAAUCAACAACAAUUACAACCUGGACAACUUACUGUAUCAAGUGUUAGUCAAACAAUUCCAACUCAAGUUCAACAAACUGUUGCUGUAUCACAACCACCAUCAAUUGUUAAUUCAGUACCACAACAACAACAAGUAACACAUCCUGGACAACAACCAGUUAAUGUUGUACAACAACAACAACAACAACAGGGUAAUGUACCUGGACAACAAAUUGUUCAACAACAACAACAGCAGCAACAACAACAGCCACAAAGAGAAAGACCAACAAUUUGGCAGGGUUUACUUGAAUGGAUUGAAAAAAGUAAACAUCAAAAUGAUGCACAAAAACAAACAAAACAAGUACCUUGUCAAGUAUCAGUUAAUAGAAAAGAUGGUGAGCCUGAAUUAAAAGCUGAUUCAUGGCCACAAAAAUUAAUAAUGCAAUUAAUGCCAAAACAAUUAAUUGGUAGUAUUGGUGGUGCUUAUUUAAAAAAUUCAAAAUCAGUAUUAUUUCAUCCAACACCAUGUGAAGCACUUGAUUCAUUAAUUAAAGUUAUGAGUACAGGAUUUGCUGGUUGUGUACAUUUUACAUCAACUUCAUCAACUGCAACAUGUGAUAUUAAAGUAUUAAUAUUAUUAUAUACUGUUGAAAAACGUACAUUUCUUGGUUUUAUACCAAAUGAUCAAACAGCAUUUGUUGAUCGUUUAAGAAAAGUUAUACAACAUCAAAAAUCAACACAACAAUUAAUGCGUCAAGGACAGAUGUUUCCACAGGGAGGAGCUGGUCCAGCAAAUAAUAUACCUGGAUCAUUACCAGCACCUGGAAUUGCUCAGGGUAUAAUGAUGUCACAAACAAAUACCAUGGCAAUGGGAGGUGGACAAAUAACACAAAAUGUUGUUGCUCCAAAUAAUCCACCACAAGUUAUGGCACCAGGUCCACAAGGACAAAUGAACAUGCAGGCUGCAAUGCAACAGCAACAAGUUAAUAAUCAAGGUGGAAUGAUGGGCCAACAAAGAGCACCAUUUGCUGAUGAUUUGGAAUUAGCAAGACAACAAAAUUUAAUGAAAAUUCAACAAUUAAGACAGACACUUGAAGCUGCCCAACAACAAGAAGCACAAUAUAAAUCUCAAUUAUGUGAAGUUAAUAUUCAACAAACUCUUGAAGUUGCACAACAACAAGAAAAUCACUAUAAACAACAAUUAGAGGCUCAACAAGCACAACGUGGAUUACUUCAAAAUCCUGGUAUGGCUGGACAACAACCAAAUACCCAGAGAAUGAUGAGACCUGUUAUGUCAAAUAAUUCUGGUCUUCGUCAUCUUUUGCAACAGCCACAGCCUCAGCAAUAUAGACAACAAAUACUUGGAAUGCAACAACAAAUGGGUGGUCCUAGAGGCCAAAUGACUGCAAGACCAAUGGCACCAGGAAACCAACAAAAUCAACAGUUUGAUGAUGUAUCAAAUUAUGAUUUUAUGGGAUAAAUUUAAAAUUCUUAUUUUUAAUUAGUAUAUAUUCAUAUUUUUUUAAGAGAAAAUUAAUAAUUAAUUAUGCAAUCGCCUGCAUUAAUUAUCAAUUUUAUAAUAACUCAAGCAAUUUAUCAUAAUUGUGAUUUCCAAGUGAUAAUUUUUUUUUUUCCUUAACUUUUAAUUAGCUAAAAAAAAAUAUUGAAAAGUAAAUGAAUAAAAUAAUAAAUAAUAUAAUACAAAAUUAUUAAUUUUAUAAAUUUUUUUUUAUUACAAAGUAUACAAAAAUUUAUUGCCACAAUAUUCGUAAAAUAAAAAAAAAAUAACUAA